ACCGGGGAUCCUGCGGCGCACCACGAACUCUUCUUUCUUCUCCGCCGCCCCACCGCUCCCGCUCGGGCUACCACCACCGCCCCGCACCUCCCGUCGCGCUGCCGAGCGACGGCGCGCAUCCGUCUCCUCCGCUCCGACCCUCCCGCCCUGCCUCCCGCGCCAUCUCGCCUCUCAUCGCCGCCCCGCCUCCCGCGCCGUCUCGCCUCUCAUCGCCGCUCCGCCUCCCUCCGUCGUUCCUGGCUGCCGGGCUCCUUCUCCGUCGUCGGCUACGCGCGUGAGGAGGGAGAAGGAGCCGCAGCGCGUGGAUCCAGGGGCAGCGGCGUCCAUCCCGCGUGAGAAAGGAGAAGGAGCCGGCAAGAAACCUAGCAGAUUGCAGGAUACUGAAGACGCCUUCAUCUAUACGUGUGCGCUCAGCUCAAAUGCCUUUGUCCUAUCUCUUGCUGUGUUUGGAUGGCUGCACGGAAAGAAAACCCUGAGCUUAUUGCUUGUCAAGCACCCAAUGGUCGAAUCACGCGAGCUCAAGCCGCUGCAAAUCGUCGAAGCUUUGGUGUUCUCCCUUCUGUUCCACUGCCUGCAAAAACUGAUCGAAAACAGACUACACAAGGGAAGAUGAAAAGGGGAUCUUCAUAUGACAACACUAGUGCAAGUACUGCAAUUUCUGGCCCCCAGCCUAAGAGGCGCACAGUUCUCAGGGAUGUGACCAAUUUGCGUAAUGCUAACUCUAACAAAACUUUUGCUGCUGCACCGAAGGUUCAGACAAGGCCCUCCCUAAGGACUGGAAGAACCGUGACCAGAGGCAAGCAGUGCACAAAAAGGAUUCCUAAAAUACCCCAACCAGCUGGUAAUGGUGGUUCAUUCGCCAAUGAUUCGAGCAUUGCCGAAGAAACACAAGAGAAACUUUUGGCACAGAAAGAAGAACCUAUUCUUUUGCUUGAGAACAGGGGCUCACUGUCAUUGCAGAAUGUUGAAAGGAACAGGGACAGUGCUUGUCAUGAGGCAUUCUUUAAGGAAAGAAAUGUCAGGGAUAUAUGUGAACCUUCUGUGUCAAAGAAUGGGGACUCUUCUGUGUUAGACAUUGUAGAUAUCGACAAAGAUAAUGGCAAUCCUCAAAUGUGUGCUUCCUACGUUGUAGAGAUAUACUCAAACCUUAUGGUUUCAGAGCUUAUGAGAAGACCCAGUCCGAAUUACAUGGAGGGUUUGCAACGGGACAUCACUAAGGGCAUGAGAGGAAUACUCAUUGAUUGGCUUGUGGAGGUUUCUGAAGAAUACAAGCUUGUUCCAGACACGCUGUACCUAACUGUAUAUGUUAUUGACCGGUUUCUUUCUCGGAACUACAUUGAAAGACAGAGACUACAACUUCUGGGAAUAACAAGCAUGCUUGUUGCCUCAAAGUAUGAAGAGAUAUGUGCUCCUCGAGUUGAAGAAUUCUGUUUCAUAACCGACAAUACAUACACAAAGGCAGAGGUGCUGAAAAUGGAGUGCCAAGUGCUGAACGACCUGGGAUUUCAUCUUUCUGUUCCAACUACAAAAACAUUUCUCAGGAGAUUCCUUAGAGCGGCACAAGCAUCUCGUAAAAUUCCUUCUAUGACUUUGGGAUUUCUGGCCAAUUAUCUUGCGGAGUUGACUUUGACCGAUUAUGAGUUCUUGAAAUUUCUUCCAUCAUUGGUGGCAGCAUCGGCUGUGUUUCUUGCUAGAUGGACACUUGACCAAUCCGACGAACCAUGGAACCAAACUCUAGAGCACUACACCUCUUACAAAUGCUCUGACAUUCAAUUAUGUGUCUGUGCUCUACGAGAACUCCAGCAUAACACCAGUAACUGUCCUCUUAACGCCAUCCGUGAGAAGUACAAACAUCAAAAGUUUGAUUGCGUAGCAAACCUAACCUCACCGGAGCUCCCUCGGUCGCUCUUCAGCUGACACGCCAAUGACACCAGUUACCCUUUGAUCAGCAACGUUAGCUGCAGUCGUAGCUCUGGCUGCGUUAACAUUAUUGUAGCAUCCCCCUUCCCUCUUUUCCCCGUUUUCUGAUUUGGUUGUGUGUUGUCAUCGAGCUGUUGUGUCCCGGCCUUUUUCGAGUCGCAAGUAUAAGAUGAAAGACAGGUAGGUGGCUCGUUGGCUUUUUUUUUGGUUUGACAUGAGGUUUACCCGAUUGUAAACAACACUGUGUGUAGGGCUUUGGCUUGGGCUGUUAUUAACUGUAAGAUGGUCCGGCAUGUGUAACAAACAACGGAAUGCUGUUUGUUUUGACACAAUUCGUUCAUUGUUAGCUUCGGAAUGGAAAUUAGUUUAUUGCCAGUGGUUA